GGGAGCUCUCUUCCCACUUGGAAGACGGAAGACAAAAGACGAAAGACAACCUUUUCUAAUACAGCCAGGUCGGCACCCGUGCGGCAGCAUUACAUCAACGUCCCCAAGCACUUUGAUCUCAACCUUCCAAACCGCCCCGUUCUUUGUGCAUAUCAUUCUAUCUGUAAUAUAUUCCAAAUUCCACAAUCUACAUACUACGUACCACCUCGGACCCUUUCACAUCACCAGACAGACAUCAUGGCCAUCUGGGACACCCUCAUGGGGCGCAAGCCGUCAUCGUCGUCAGACCAAUCUGCGCCUCCUAGCCACGAGCAGUCGCCGACGCCGACACCUACCACAACCUUCGCCUCGACACCUUUUGACCCCUCGGAAGCUCAAGGCGUCGACGCCUUCCUCAAGAGCUCGGCUUUUGCCGAUCCUUCACAACUACAUCCCUUGGCCGGCCUCAACAGGGACAGCUUGGAGUACCUUACCCUCGAGGAUGCCGCCCUCGCAGAUCCCAGUUCACAGUCGGUUAUCCCUUCUCGAGGCUUCAGUGACGAUCUCUGCUACGGAACCGGUAUUACAUAUUUGUCCGCCUUGACGAUAGGUGGCGCCUGGGGUCUACAGGAGGGAUUGAGGCGAUCAGCAAACCAGCCCCCCAAGCUGCGUCUCAACUCGGUGCUCAACGCUGUCACCCGUCGUGGGCCUUUCCUCGGAAACUCGGCCGGUGUUGUCGCAAUCACAUACAACCUGCUCAACUCCGGUGUUGGAUAUCUCAGGGGCAAGCACGAUGCGUUCAAUACCAUCUUGGCUGGCGGACUGAGCGGUAUGGUAUUCAAGAGCACGAGAGGCCUGCGACCAAUGUUGAUCUCUGGCGGUGUUGUUGCCUCAAUUGCUGGUGCCUGGGCCGUAAGACGAAACCACGCCCUGUUAUUGGAACUGUCAGACUAAUUGCUGUCAUCUAGGUCACCAAGCGCGUAUUCCUCGAGGGCGACGAACCCGAGCGAAGACUAUAAAUGCGACCCUUGAUACGAAAUUCCGACUCAGA